AUGGGUCACAUGAGACCUCUGCAGUGGUUAUUGGGGAAAUGGGAAUCCCAGACUGGAGAAGGAUUUUUCUCAACGAUUGAACCAUUCAAGUACAAUGAAAAUGUGGAAUUCUCCAACAUUGGGCAGCCUGUCAUCAAUUAUUCAGCCACAUCAUAUCAUGCUGGGAAUGGAUCUCCAAUGCAUGUGGAGUCUGGAUUCAUUCGCUGCCACCCUGACAGUGGAAAGAUUGCCUUCAUGACAGCACACAACUUUGGUGUUGCCAUGAUAGAAGAGGGAUUUAUGAAUGAAGAUGGUGAUGAAAUGGUACUUGAAAGUUUCCAGACCUCCAGGAUGUCUUUCUCCAAGGUGCCAACUGUGACCCAAGAGAUGUGUGGGAAAACCACUGACAAGUAUGUUGAAUAUGAGGGGACACUUGUAUUUAUUGAUCUCAUGCUUCAGAAGAAGGAAGCCUAUCGACAUGUCCUCUUCAAUUCUUCUUUUACUGCAUAUUGGAAACCUUUAAUGCUGCUGCUUCUGUUUGAAGCAUACAGACGAUGGCAUCAACUAAGAAAGCCUCAAGCUCUGGAAUCUUAUGUGGAACUCGAAUGGGGUUUUUAUGUAAUCCUCAUUGCAGUUUCCCUAGAAUUCCUUAUGUACCUGAGAGUGGCAGGUGGAUUGGCAAGUCAGUUGUCUCAAAGUGCCUACCAGAGGGAGAAGAGUCGCCGGUGGCGAGAUGGAAUCAAUGCCCUCAUCCUGGCAUCUUAUGGUGAGAGCUUCAUGGUUCUCGGUCUCCUCUGGGAUCAAGACCAAGAUAUCUUCUACUUCACCUUCACCACCCUCUUCAUCCUUGUCUCUCAUGCUCAGGCAUUCUCUGUCGUUUCCAGUGUGUCAUCUGCCAAGUCACUUGUGAUUGUGACUUGCCUUGCAGCCUCAUUUGCUUCACUCGACCAUGGUGUCUCCCGUUUUUUAGCUAAACUUCUCUUCUAAUCCAAAUGCAUGUAACAGUGCUUGAUUCUACCCACUGUGAUACUUGAUUGUGCUGUUUUUGUAUUUCCUUUGCAAGUGCC